AUGUCUUGUAGACAUGUUGCUAUUAUUGAUGUUCUAGUUGUUGAAGGUGUUGGUGAUGGUGGUAAUGAUGGUGAUAGUGGAGGAAGUGGUAUUGAUAAUGGUGAUGCUGGUGGUGAUACUGAUGGCGACAGUGAGCUGAGGGUGACGGUAGCGGUGGCGUUGAUGCAGCAACUUCGCAGCAGAAGCUACGACGAUGAUGGCGGCGGCUGUGACGACGAUGACAGCGGCGGCUGCGGCGACGACGGUGACGAAGACGACGACAACGGCGGCGACGAUGAUGGCGGCAGCGACGAUGAUGGCGGCGGCGACGAUGAUGGCGGCAGCGACGAUGAUGGCGGCGGCGACGAUGAUGGCGGCGGCGUCGAUGAUGGCGGCGGCGACGAUGAUGGCGGCGGCGGCGUCGAUGAUGGCGGCGGCGUCGAUGAUGGCGGCGGCGUCGAUGAUGGCGGCGGCGACGAUGAUGGCGGCGGCGACGAUGAUGGCGGCGCUGACGAUGUUGGCGGCGGCGGUGACGAUGAUGGCAGCGGCGACGAUGAUGGCAGCGGCGACGAUGAUGGCGGAGGCGUCGAUAAUGGCGGCGGCGUCGGUGAUGGCGGCGGCGUCGAUGAUGGCGGUGGCGUCGAUGAUGCCGGCGAUGACGACGACGGGGACUAA